AUGAUCCAAACGUACCUGCGCGUCAAAAGCGCUCCGCCCAAGGAUGAACAGCACCCAGACACGUUUGGAUUCCUAACGAUAUUGAAUGACUCGGAAAUCCUGCUGGAGUCGCCCGAGGACUCGCACGCGUUUCGUGUCUCCAAGGCCCGGACGUCGGAACGCGUUCAGUUUUCACGGAUCCUCAAGCCCACCGCGUCCCAGCUGGAUGUGUUUGCGGAGACGUGUGCUCCGCUGCUGAUGGAUUCGCUGCUUUCGCAGCACGACUCGCUGCUCUUCACGCUGGGUGUUUCGGGAGCUGGAAAAACGUUCACGCUGUUUGGACCGCCCGACCGACCGGGAGUUGCGUACAUAACAAUGGGCGCGCUGUUCCAUGCCAUUCGAGACCGCGAGGCCAGUUUCCCGGUGGCGGAAUCGCUGCGGUCGCGGCUCGACAAAUGCAAAAUUCUCGAGGCAAGCAAGUAUCUGGCUGACAAGCAUCAAAACGCGACCUUUGCGCUGCCGCCGGCCUCGUUCUACGACACGUUCUCCUUCGACGUGGUUGACCACUCGUACCAGUACGCAGUCUAUCUGUCGUUUGCUGAAAUCUACAACGACCGUAUCUUUGAUCUACUCGAAAAGGCGAGCUUCUUUGGCCAUCGCCGUGCACUCAAUCUCAAAAAGUCAGCAACGUCAGACAAAAAGGCGGUCAAUGGCAUUCAAAAGGUGUUCGUCGGCAACGUCGCAGAGGCCUGUCGACUCAUAGCGGUCGCGCUUCAGCUUCGAAAGUCGACCUCGACGAAGUCGAACGCCGUCUCCUCGCGGUCCCAUCUCGUCUUGUGUGCCGAGCUGUACCAGCUGCAGCCGAAGACGGGAGAGAUCUCGAGCUGCGAGAUUAAUCUCGUCGACUUGGCCGGUUCAGAGCGCACGCGGUCCGCCGAAACGUCUGGCCUCCUGCUCCGCGAGGGUGCCAGCAUCAACAAGAGUUUGCUCGCGCUGGGCCAGUGUUUAGAGGCCCUGCGUCGAAAGCACGACGGCAAGCAGCAUGUGGUGCCGUUCCGCCAGAGCAAGCUGACUGAGCUUCUGUUCCACUCCGGCCAUCUGACGGGCACGGCACGCACGAGCAUGCUUGUCAACAUUGACCCUCUCGGCAGCUUCGAUGAGAACGCCCAGGUCAUGCGGUACAGUGCGAAUGCCCGCGAGAUUAUGCUGCCGCCCGUGCCCGUCGAAAUGGGCAAUGGACACAUGGACAGUGCUUCGGCGACGCCCCGGGCCGGGACACCGCUCGGCUCGCCAGCUCCUCACAGUGCUUCUCGCCCGCCGUCCGUGAACGUGGCCGCCCUGAUGGCACAGCUGGAGGCCGUGCAGCUGGAGAACAAGCGGUUGCGUGAACUGCUCGCCGAGGCCGACAGCGAGAUGGUCAACCUGGAGUAUGUGGUGCGUGAGCAGAUGACCACUGAGAUGGAGAGCCGUGUGCGCGAGGUGGAGCGCAUUUUCCUUGACCGGCUGUGCGAGGAGAGUGUGCAAGGUCUCGAGUACACGGACCACAAGCUCGACAUGAUGGCCAAGUGGAUGCGCCAGCUGCAGGAAGAUAACGCGUUCAAGGACGAAAAGAUUGCCGAGCUCGAGAAGUUGCUGAGCGAGACACAAGACCAGGUCGAGGAGCAAGGCGCCGAAGCGGCUCGUUUAGCUCAACAGCUUCAGCGGCAGCAUCAAGAAGCAACUCGCCGCUCCUCACGGAAGCUCUCCUACGAAGAUCAACAGGCCAUUCGCGAAGCACACACUCUUCGAACCAAGCGCAAGCUGUGGCCGGAGAAGGCCGUCCUUGAAGAGGACGGCAUGGAGCUGAGCGACGACACGGAAGUUCUCUCCAUCUCUGCUCCUCCUCCCCCAAAACCCGUCUUGAUGCCCCGAAAUGAAGAUGUGCCAAUGGAUUUGUAAGAGGGGAUUGCAGGGGUUACGACGGCGCGGCCGGAGGACGCUGUUGCGAUGUUAAGGCGUCCGUUUAGCAUGUGGAAUCGCGUCCUUCCCAAUGGUAUCGUCGCAUGUUGCUUUUCCCCUUAUUGCGGCUAUCUCAGCCUUUGUGUGUCCUCUUUCCUCCUUUCCCUCCCCCCGAUCCCUAUGUCUUCUCUUUAUCCACAUACACACACACACACACGCACAUACUGUCUAUGAUUCCCCUUUGGAUGCCCUGCAAAGAAAGCGCAGGACAAUCCGCUCUAUCCUUUUUACUUUGUUAUGAAACCCCGUCAAUGAACGAAUUACAUCCAUGCUGCAGCGAACGCGGGCACGUUCCUCAUUACACAGUGAAUGAGGGAUUGGUGCGCCCGGGCAAAAGUGUGCGUCUAUUCUAAUAAUUUUUUUCUCCCCUUCUCCCGUCCAAACAUACAUCCUCCUCCCCUUCCUCCUCCUUGCCUCCGAAUAUCGCUUCUCCCUCUCCUUGUUCAUUCUUCUAUUUACGCGCAUUAUUCUAGGCGAGAAGAGCAUCGAGUGCCUUGUUUACGCCUCCUGCCUUCUCGAGUUCGUCCUUGUUGUGUACGCCGAGCUUCUGCAGCACGCCGACGACCUUGUCGGAGGGAAAGCCGAGCGCGACAAUCUCGUCGACAAGGUGCUUGUCGAUGCCCGCAGCUGCUGCAGCGUCUUUAGGUUCGCCUGCGUUGGCGUAUGUGCGUGUCCAUUCUCGAGCCGUCUCGACAAACUUGGGGUGGUCCUUCAAGUAUACGCCGGCCACCUGGGCGUCCUGGGGAUUGUUUGGUUCAGGCGUGCACAAUAGCGAUUGCAAACUUAUGAGCGCCGACUUGAUGGUGUACACGGGUGACCAUUGGUCCUUGAGAAUGUCGAGGCAGAUGGCGCCUGUUUGCGAGGAGAUGUUCGGAUGGUAGACGCGGGUGUCGAACUUGACGAUGGGAGGGCGGAAUGGGUAGUCUGUGUAGCUUCGUUAGCGAGAGCAGCAGCGUUAAAGGUGCAGCAACGACAGGCAUGAGGCACAAUACUCUCGUUGUCCGUGAAGCAUGCCGGACAAAGGUCCCGUGGGAUUCGACACGCCGAGGCGUGGACGAGCCAAAAGUGCACUCUGUCUUCUCGUUAACCGCUACCACUUACCAAUCUGUAAUUGUUAGCGAAUGCAUUGCACGACCUGACAAGGCACACACACACACACACACACACAGCCUCAGUCGUCGGUGCGCUUGCGUUGCGUAGCGUUGAUCAUACGUACCGGGAUGGUUAUAUCGGUGACAAAGGUGCCGCCUGUUGUAGCCCUGGGUUAGUAAUUCGAACGAGCUGUUACUUGAGCAAGUGUCGAGAAAUUGCUGCUUCUGACACUGGAGUCCGCACCUUCAUAGGGAGUCCCCUGAGGACCACUGAAGCUUCCCUUCAAAUGAGAAACAUCGUCCGAGACCAGCCAAACAGAGAUUCCGGCGGUCUUGUCGUUUUCAACGUCUGCAACGCAACCCGUCAGCAAGAAUGAAGGAAGACGGUGACAAACCUGCAAGUUCUUUAGCAAUUCUGCGAGCUCUUCCGUUCGCGGCCAUCGUUCGACUUGGUCAGCUGGAUGGUGCUUGGCUGGGUGUGUUGGGCGUGGCCGGAUAGCGUACGGCGACAAAAUACGCGAAACCCUUCGUUAGAGUGUUUUAGCGCGCGGCAACAACGCACUAUAAGAGACUGCAUUGCAUUUCUGUACAGUGCGUUAAUUGGUUUAACGGGGUGUAACGUAUUACUGAGUAGUUCGUAAUGGUACCUUACUUUUGUAUACGGCACCCUACCAUACUAC